UCUUUUCAUCCAUACACUCGAAGAUAUGCCUUUCGAAAUGAUGGGAUUCAGUGUUUCACAACUUGGAUUCGUUAUCGUAUUUAUAACAGUUGUAUUAAGUGAAGUCAAUGGCCAGCAGCCAGCAGUCAUUUUCAAUUUGAGAGAUUACCUUCUGGAUAUCUGGAGAGCUUUCUGUUACCGAAUGGUGCAAACAUGGGGCUGCCUCUUAGAUUUUUUGUCGCCCGAUAUUGGAGGAAAAGGUUCUCCAUGUUUCAAUUCAGCUUCAGGUGAAGCAAGAUAAUUUUGUUGAAAAACAACAUCGAAUAAUCUAAUUGUGUACAUGGAGUAAUCAUUGCAAAAAUAAAAAUUCAUGUG